ACUCCUCUUCAAAAAGAGAAUGCGAAGCAACGUUUGCACAGUGUGUAUUCAAAUGAAUUCCAAUAAUUUGUAACAAAAAUUUUUUUCCUUCAAUCUCUCAGUCUAUUUCGUUCAUUUAAACCAUUUACACCGGGAAAAUCUAUUAAUUUAUAUGUGAAAUGAUAAGUACCUGUUAAUUAUCUCUCUGGUAUUUGUUAGAAAAAAGAAUUGUAGCAACACAAUAAAGUUAGUCCGCAAAAAUUCAGUGGUAAAUUUAGUUGUGCUUCGCUUGUGUAGUGAUUUUCUUUUCUCGGUUUUAUUUCAAUUGAAUUUUUUUUCUUUGAUUCAAAACUUUUAAGAAGUGUGAGUGAACUUGCUUUUUUCUGGAACGGAUCAGACAAUUUUCGCGAAUUAUUUUUUUCUACACACAUUCAGAGACAAUAUUAAUAAAUCGAGCGGCUGUGCUUUCGGUUGAUUGUGCAAUUAAAUCUUGUGCUUGUUGUCAAUAUUAAUGAAAUCUGAUCAGCCGAGGUUUUAGUGUUUGAAUUAAUUCUGAACUGUGAAGAACUAUUCAGUGUCCUGAUCCGCGAUUUUGUCGGCGAAAUUAAUUGAUCAACUGGAAUUGAACAUUUCGUCGAAAAGGGAAUACCGUAAAUUUUUUGCGAAUAACACAAUCAGGUGAUGUGUAGUCUGGCCAGUCAUUCAUAGCUCCAAAGAUUAGGAUUUAAGAUGCCAAAUCUCCAGCAACAAAACAAUGUCAAUUCGUCAAACUCACAGAAAGCAAACCACACCGGCAACAAUUCAUCGCCAACCACACCGAAUGGAUCGGCAUCAUUCGUCCGGAAACAGAGUACAAAGGACAAGGAAAAGGAACGGGACGAACGCAGCAAAAUAACGCUGCUGCGACAGCCGUUGGUCACGUUAAAGUAUUUCAUUUUGGAAAUAGUGAUAUUAAUACAGACUUAUAGGAAAAAAUUAGCAGAACAUAAAUUAUUACUCAGCAUAUUGGUUGCGCUCAUAGCCGCUUUUUGUGCAUUAAACCAACUUCCCGGACGACAUCAGCUCCUAUUCACAGCCAUAAAAUCAAAUUUAUGGUUCAUCAUUUACUGGUGCGGUUUGGGUGUCUUAUCAUCGGUCGGUUUGGGUACUGGACUACAUACAUUCUUGUUAUAUCUCGGACCACACAUAGCCAGCGUGACGCUAGCUGCAUACGAAUGUAAUUCAUUGGAUUUUCCACGGCCACCGUAUCCUGAUGAAAUCAUUUGUCCGGAACACAUAAAUCCGAAAUUCAUUCCGUCACUAUGGAGCAUCAUGUGUAAAGUUCGACCAGAAGCAUUCCUCUGGGGUGCUGGUACAGCAUUGGGCGAACUACCGCCAUAUUUUAUGGCUAGAGCAUCUCGAUUAUCCGGAAUCGAUGAGGAUGAGGACGAAGAUCUUAAGGCUGUUGUCGAACUGAAACGGAAAAAGGCGGCUGGCGAUGACUUGACGCUGUUCGAGCGCCUGAAAUUGGGAAUGGAACGAGUCGUUGAACGGGUCGGUUUCUUUGGUAUUUUGGCGUGUGCAAGUAUUCCGAAUCCGUUGUUCGACUUGGCUGGCAUCACGUGCGGUCAUUUCUUGGUACCAUUUUGGACAUUCUUCGGUGCCACAUUGAUCGGCAAAGCUGUGAUAAAAAUGCACAUUCAAAAAAUCUUUGUCAUCAUUGCCUUCAACGAAUCGUUGAUCGACAAAGCCGUCGUUUUUGUCAGUGCCAUUCCAUACUUUGGCAAAAAGUUUCAGGAUUCGUUCAAAACAUUCCUGGAAAAUCAAAAAACCAAAUUGCAUCGUUCGUCAAACGCACCGCCCAAAGAGUCGUUCAACCUUCUCGCCAAAUUGUUCGAAUAUUUCGUUCUGCUGAUGGUUUGCUUCUUUGUCAUGUCGAUAGUGAACAGUUUAGCGCAAAGCUACCACAAACGCAUCCAUCAGAAGGGCGGCAAAGUUCAUCGUAAAGUAGCUAAAGAUUAAAACCAGGUUGUACUGGUAACACAAACCAACAAAACAAAACAAAAUUUGUAGGAACAACAUACACAGUGUGUGCGUUUAGGAUAGAUUUAAAUCGAUUAAGUAGCGAAAAGAAAUUGGAGUUUUUGUUUCUGUCGUCCGGGGUCAAUAAUAUAUAUGCUAACGAUACAAAGAGGCAUUUCAAAUGAAUUCUAAGUGAGAGAGAGAAAGAGAGAGCAAGAGAGGAACAUUGUAAUUCGAGAAGUGACUUUAUACUAGUAGUGGAUCUUAAACUAAGUGAAUAUAUGUGUUUUGAUGAUAUUGAACUGCA